GGGAGUUUCCCUCAUGGUAACCGUGAAACCCGUGUCAUAACACGUGCCUAUUACUGCGGGGAGCUUUGCGGGGCUCACUUUCCAUCCCUAUGAGCAAAUGACACCGUUUAAUAAACCUGGCGUGCUUUAGAUAAAUUCUGGCUGCUUUCUACGUGUUUCUCGCAAAGGAUACCGGAACUUGUAGUUUUCAUUACCAGCUCUCCUCCUUAUUUCCGGGUCAGGGGUGGUAAGGCUGAAUAUAGAAUGCAUCACAGAGCUUCUCUUUCAGUCUGCCCUACGCUAUGGCGUUCUAUACCAUGCCAAAAGGCUGAGCUGCGACUGGACUUUACUCUCUCAUGUGGACAGUCAUUUCGGUGGAAAGAAUGGAGUCCUGGGUUCUGGACUGGAGUAUUACAUGGGCGCAUUUGGACUCUCACCCAGACUGAGGAACAUAUCUGGUACACUAUGUAUACUAAGGAAUGCUGUCCUGGGGAAGAUGCAGAUGCAUCGAGUGCAACAGCAGCGUUGAAAAAAAGACAGAAAAGCAUAAAGAAAAUAGUGCCCUGCUCACCUCCCAAAAUUCUAAAAACAGAACAUAUUAAAGAAGAAAAGGGGAUUGUGGAAGAUUUUGAUAAAUUUGUUGGUGGAAACGACUGCAAGAAAGAUGAGGAGUUGCUACGAGAUUACUUCCAGUUGGAUGUGAGCUUGAAGGAGCUUUAUCUGCUGUGGGGCAAAUCAGACCCAAACUUUGCAAAAGUAGCACAGGACUUCCCAGGUAUCCGUGUGCUGCGGCAGGACCCCACUGAAUGUCUCUUUUCAUUUAUCUGCACAUCUAACAACCACAUCUCUCGCAUCACUGGCAUGAUUGACAGAGUCUGCAGCUCCCUGGGCAGACACUUAGGACAGCUGGACUCGGAGAUCUACUGUGCAUUCCCCACUCUGCAGGCUCUGGCAGGCAAUGACACUGAAGCCAAGUUAAGAGAUCUCGGCUUUGGUUACAGAGCAAAGUUUGUCAGUGAGAGUGCACAAACUAUCCUGUCCAAGUAUGGCCCAGAUUGGUUGGAAAGGUUGCGUAUCCUACCCUAUGAGGAAGCAAAGUCAGCACUAUGCACCCUGCCAGGGGUGGGAGCCAAAGUGGCAGACUGCGUUUGUUUGAUGGCACUGGAUAAACCAGAAGCCGUGCCGGUGGACACUCAUGUUUGGCAAAUCGCAAAGAGGGACUACCUACCCCAGCUGGGCCAGGGUAACAAAAGCCUGACUGACAGAGUGUACAGGGAGAUUGGAGACUAUUUUCGUAGAUUGUGGGGGUCCCAUGCUGGAUGGGCGCAGUCAGUUUUAUUCUGCUCAGACCUCAAAAAGUUUCAGAAUUCAGCAGAUAAACCAGAUCCAAGCCGGAAACCAAGAAAAAGAACCCAAAUCAAAAAAGAGACUCUCGAAUAAUAGGCUAUUGUAAUGUUUCAUUUUGUACCUGGUUUAUGGAUAUUGUGAUAAACAUAUAUUGGAGACAUUUA